GAGACAGAACUUAUUUGAUGACAACAACCAACGUAUGGCUAAAAUCUGCACAAGCCUGCAGUUAAGUAAAGCCUCCGGUGCUAUUCUAUCUGAACCACAAGAGCAUCAUCUGCUUAACACGUGCUGCAUUGCAAGAUCAUGACAGGCGAUUUUCACAAUUCCUCAUACGACUACAACACAUCAUGGUUCAUCCACGAGUGCACCCUCAACCUGAAUGAUGACGGUCGAAGGAUCGCUCUCUUCCUCCUCUACCUUGUGGUGUUCAUGGUGGGGUUAGCUGAAAACAGCCUGGUGUUAUGGGUGAUCUGGCGAAGGAGACACUCCGCCAACGGCGUGCUGUUUUGUAUCCUCAACAUGAGCCUGUCUGACAUGAUGGUGGUCUUCACCAUACCCUUUUUCAUGAUGGAAGAAACCAUGGACCAAGUUUGGCUGUGGGGUCAUUUCCUUUGCAAGGUCACCAAUCUCAUCUACAUCAUCAACUUCUACAGCAGCUCCUUCUUCCUGGCCUUCAUGACCCUGGAGCGUUACCUGUCCCUGACCCGGCCCAACGGGCCCGCCUGCUUCCCGCUGAACCGCAAGCGUCGCUGGCUGCUUUGUAUCAGCAUCUGGCUGUUGUCCCUCAUGCUGGCCCUUCUAGAGAACGUUCACGUCGAUCUGGUUGAUUGGGGUCAGCCGGGCUGCUAUUUGGUCCCUGAGCACUUCUACAUGGAAUGGUACAUGUCCCUUACUUUCCUGGAAUUGAUCUUCCAGUUUCUGGGCCCUGCGUCCAUCAUCAUCACCUGCAACAUUCUGAUAGCCCGAGCUGUCCGCGCAACACCGGAUGUCCAGAACCGACGGGACAUUUGGUUGGUACACGUGUACUCCCUGGUGUUCGUGGCCUGCUGGCUUCCAUACCAGUUGACGUGGCUUCUGUUGAUGUUGCAUGAUCUGCAUCCCCACCUGUUCUCCUGCAACGGGGUUGGAGUGCUUUACUUUUCUUUCAGCCUAGUGAAAUGCUGUUCACUCUUCCAUUGCAUCGCCAACCCCAUCCUCUACAACUUCCUCAGCAAGAGCUUCCAGAAUAACCUGAUCAACGCCGUGCUCAGUCGGAUCUCACCUGCGCCUGCCAGCGCAAUGGCCGACAACACAGGAGCACAAGAGCGAAAGCUCAGUAACACCAGCACCAGCCACUCGGACAUUGGAUCUUAAGAGGGAAAUCAAGGUUGUUCAUGAUUGAUGCUAUCAAGGAAAAAUGGCCUUGUUAAGACAACAAGAGUGUUUUUGGCCAGAAGCCUGGUCAUAUUGUCUCCUGUUUUUCUCUUCUCUGUAUUGUUAUUAAGAGUACAAGGAAGGAAAUCGUGUCAAACUUUCAUAAGCCCCAUUUCCAGUUCCUACCGUCACUUCUAGAAACUCAUAGAUCUUUGUAAAAAAAGCUCUACCCACACACCAGUGUUAGUACAAAGACUGUUUUGUUUUAAAAAAAUACUUUCACUUGAUAACAUGAAUGUCCAUAUGCUUAACUGCAACAUCUGACGCUGUCUAAAAGGCUUUGAGCACAGCAGUUUGUUUGUACAUGUUGUUAUGGAUAAAUUAUAUGAUAUUAAAAUGUAAUAACAUUUGUUUAAAAACGUUUUUUUAAACAUGUUUGUCUAUCAAGGUAGAGGUAAGAAUCAAGCUUCAAUUCAUGGCAUUUUUUAAAGCUGCAAUCUGUAACUUUUUUCCUCCUUAUUAGCAUCUCUGUUUGAAAUAUAAAAUUGCAGGUUACUUUACAUACAUACAUAAAUAAUUUUUGAUGUUUUGGAAAAAAACUGUAAUUUUCAUGAAAUCAUAAUCGACAGCUCAACUUAUUAAUCAUUAUUAUACUCUCACCUAAAGGAUUAUUAGGAACACCUGUUCAAUUUCUCAUUAAUGCAAUUAUGAUGGUGGUGUAAUUGUGUGGGGGAUGUUUUCUUGGCCAACUUUAGGCCCCUUAGUGCCAAUUGGGCAUCGUUUAAAUGCCACGGCCUACCUGAGCAUUGUUUCUGACCAUGUCCAUCCCUUUAUGACCACCAUGUACCCAUCCUCUGAUGGCUACUUCCAGCAGGAUAAUGCACCAUGUCACAAAGCCCGAAUCAUUUCAAAUUGGUUUCUUGAACAUGACAAUGAGUUCACUGUACUAAAAUGGCCCCCACAGUCGCCAGAUCUCUACCCAAUAGAGCUCUUUGGGAUGUGGUGGAUGGGAGCUUCGUGCAUCCCACAAAUCUCCAUCAAUUUCAAGAUGCUAUCCUAUCAAUAUGGGCCAACAUUUGGCGAAAGGGGGUCAAACACAGUAUUAGUAUGGUGUUCCUAAUAAUCCUUUACGUGAGUGUAAGCUUACCAUUGUAAAUCAGGCAAGAAAUCUGUUAUUUUUACCCAAAACAAGUUACAGAUUGCAGCAAUAGUGUCUUGCAUAGAAAUGAGCAAAAACAUAUAAACAAUAUUAAAAAUUCCAUACAUAUAAAACAGAAAAUACUUUUGAGGUUUAAAGUACCACUUUUAAUCAUAACACAAGUACAGCUGUAUUAACACAAAAAGGCUUGACAGUGAUGCCAACUAUGUAUGAAUCAUAUAAAUAACAAGUGAUAUAUGUAAAAAAUUUUAAAUAAAUGUGCUAUGGAAAAGGACAUUCCCCAUCUUA